CAACCUCGUGGUUCCUAGUUGGAUUCGUUUCCGCUGUGCCACGAUGGGAACUCCCUGUGGUUACGCACUUUUAAGGAAAGCUUUUAUUUUGAGAUCAUGGUAGAGUCACAUGGAAUUGAAAUAAUGCAGAUCCCGUGUGUCCUUUGCCCAGUUCUACCUGUCGGUAACAUCUUGCAAAACUGUAGUAAAAUAUCACCCCUGGAACGCUGACACCGGUACGGCCAGGAUCCAGACCAUUCCAUCUCGUCAGGGUUGCCCUGCCUGUCCUUUCAUAGCCACACCCCUGUCCUUAACUCCUGCAGCCAACAACCUGCAAUUUUGUUAUCUCAGAAAUGUUGUAUAUGAGGAAUCAGGUAGAGGCCUUUUCCACCCCGCAGAGCUUCCUGGAGAUCCCUCCAGGCUGUGGGGUGAGAGUUCCUCUUUGUACAGGGUGGGGUUCCGUGGAAUGGGCGCACCACUGUGAGUUUAAUCAUUGACCACUGGAGGACACCUGGGUCGUUUCCGUUUUUCGGUGAUUGUGAGUAAAGCUGCUCUGAACAUUCAUGGGCAGGUUUUCGUGUGAAUGUAAGUCUUCAUUGCUUUGGGAUACAUGCCCAAGAGUGUAAUCGCAGGGUUGUCUUAUAGUUUCAUGUUUAGUUUUAAGAAACUGCCAAACUGUUUCGCAGACUGACUGUACAGUACGGGCCAGUUUUCCACACCUUCUCCAGAAUUUGGUGGUGUCGCUUUUUAUUGUAGCCAUUCCAGUGAGGUGGAUAGUCACAUUAUGUUGUGAUUUCUGUCAGCACUUUCUUAAGGGCUAGUGAUGUUGAAUAGCUUUUCAUGUACUUAUUUGCCUCUGUGUGUCCUCUGACACGGUGGAGGGGUGGCUGGCAGGUGUGAAAGUCCCGGCUUGGUCUUUUCUAGACAACACGUGGCAGGUGCUGCAGCUUCAUUGCCGCCUGAGGAGGGGAGUGUGGGGGCCCCAGUUGUUUCCGUGGUGUUUGGCUGGAGCAGAGUGGUUACUGGCUCUUCUCUGAGUUGAUAUUGUCCUGUUAGGCUCCCCUUCCUGGAGCCAUGGCUGAAGAGGGCAGGCUUUUGGUGAGUUUUUAAAUUCCUUCCAUACUCAUUGGUGUUUCUGGCCGGGCUUCUUCAGCCCCGCGUCUUGGAUGUGUGGGACAGAGACCCCAGAGAGCUCAGGGCCUUGUCCUUCCUCAGCCCCUUCCUCUCCACCCUUGAGAGCCGUCUCAUAUUUAUAUCUAAUUGUAUAUCUGAUGUCCCGGGGGUUAGUUACCUGUAGCCAGAGGAACAAGGGAAAGAUGGCUAACCAUCUUCCUGGAAGCAGCCUGCCGGUGGCUGUUAAUUUUUUCAUCUGUGAAGUAGGAUGACCCAGGCUGCACAUCUGCCCCGCCUUGUCCUGCUUGUCGUGGCCUCUGGACCACCCCAGGCUCAGGGCCUUGCCGUUAUUACUGGCAAGGUUGUUUGGUUUGGCCCGUGGUUCCAGCACGACGGAGUUUGCAGGGUCUCGGUCUAGUUGUCAUUUAAGGUCUCAUUUGCAAAUGAGAGGCACGUCCAAACCCGUGGUUAGGAACUGCUGGACAGGACGUCGCUGUGAAUCACGGGUGUCCUUGUCAUCGUCCCCCAGAUCGUAUUCCUCCAGUGUCUAUUUCGAUCUCCGGGAACCUCGUCAGAGUGGGAAGGGCAGUGGUCAGAUGACUCGGAGAUGUCCUGUCAUCCUUGUGCUGAUCCUCCAGGCCAGCAUCCCUUCCAAGAAGGAAAUGCAAUGGGCCCGAAACUGCUUCCCUGUGUGUAGCUCCAGCCCACCUUCUCCACCGAGACGCCGCCCCUGGAUGCUCCCAGCAGGUUUCCUCCUCCUCCUUGAUGUCCCAAAGACUGCUGCCCGUGCUUUCGUAACCGCUGGGCUAACUCUUCCCACGACGUGGAAGGUCAUCACUCCAUGUAGGAAACUCAUCCUGUGUGCUGACAACAGAAAAGAGAUGGAAGAUUGGAUUGCAGCCCUGAAGACUGUCCAGAACAGGGAGCACUUUGAGCCUACCCAGUACAGCAUGGACCAUUUCUCAGGGAUGCACAACUGGUACGCCUGUUCCCACGCGAGGCCGACCUACUGCAACGUGUGUCGCGAGGCUCUGUCUGGGGUCACGUCCCACGGGCUGUCCUGUGAAGUGUGUAAAUUUAAGGCCCACAAACGCUGUGCUGUGCGAGCCACCAGCAACUGCAAGUGGACCACGCUGGCCUCCAUCGGGAAGGACAUCAUUGAGGACGAGGACGGGAUUGCCAUGCCUCACCAGUGGCUGGAGGGGAACCUGCCCGUGAGCGCCAAGUGCACGGUGUGUGACAAGACCUGCGGCAGCGUCCUGCGCCUGCAGGACUGGCGCUGCCUCUGGUGCAAGGCCAUGGUGCACACGGCAUGUAAAGACUCCCUGGUGACCAAGUGCCCGCUGGGCCUGUGCAAAGUGUCGGUCAUCCCGCCCACCGCUCUCAACAGCAUCGAUUCCGACGGCUUCUGGAAGGCCACAUGUCCUCCGUCCUGCACGAGUCCACUGCUGGUCUUCGUCAAUUCCAAAAGCGGGGACAACCAGGGUGUGAAGUUCCUCAGAAGAUUCAAGCAGCUGCUGAACCCGGCCCAGGUCUUUGACCUCAUGAACGGAGGCCCCCACCUCGGCUUACGCUUAUUCCAGAAGUUUGACACCUUCCGGAUUCUGGUGUGCGGUGGGGAUGGCAGUGUCGGUUGGGUCCUCUCUGAAAUCGACAGCCUCAACCUUCACAAGCAGUGUCAGCUGGGAGUGCUGCCCCUCGGCACGGGGAACGACCUGGCUCGCGUGUUAGGCUGGGGCUCGGCCUGUGACGACGACACGCAGCUCCCGCAGAUCUUGGAGAAGCUGGAAAGAGCCAGCACCAAGAUGUUGGACAGGUGGAGCGUCAUGGCCUACGAGACCAAGCUGCCCCGGCCGGCCUCCUCUUCUACCGUCACCGAAGACCUGAGCGAGGGCUCCGAGGUGCAGCAGAUCCUCUUCUAUGAAGACUCGGUCGCGGCGCAUCUCUCCAAGAUCCUGACCUCCGACCAGCACUCGGUGGUCAUUUCCUCGGCCAAAGUGCUCUGCGAGACUGUGAAGGACUUCGUGGCUCGGGUGGGGAAGGCCUACGAGAAGACCACGGAGAGCUCGGAGGAGUCGGAGGUCAUGGCUAGGAAGUGCUCCGUCCUGAAGGAGAAGCUGGAUUCCCUCCUCAAGACCUUGGACGACGAAUCCCAGGCCUCGUCCUGCCUGCCCACGCCGCCCCCCACCAUUGCAGAGGAGGCGGAAGACGGGGAGGGGGCGGGCAGCGGCUGCGGCCCCAGCUCCACCUCCACUGGGGACCGAACCGUGGCGUCGGCGUGCCCCGCCCGCCCGCAGAUAUUCCGGCCCCGGGAGCAGCUCAUGCUGAGAGCCAACAGCCUGAAGAAGGCCAUUCGUCAGAUCAUAGAGCACACGGAGAAAGCUGUCGAUGAGCAGAACGCCCAGACCCAGGAGCAGGAGGGGUUCGUCCUAGGUCUGUCGGAGUCAGAGGAGAAGAAGGACCUGAAGCCGGACGACAGAACGAGCCUUGGCGAGGGCGCCGCCAAGGGCAGGAGCCUCCGCAGAGUGUCCAAGUCCCCAUGCGAAAAACUGAUAAGCAAAGGAAGCUUGUCCCUGGGCGGUUCUGCCUCUCUUCCUCCACAGUCAGGAAACCGGGACGGCCUGCCAGCUCUGAACACGAAGAUCCUGUUCCCGAGUGUUCGGGCCGGGCUGUCGGCUUCCUUGCCUGGAGGCUCAGUCAUCAGUCGCUUGUUAAUUAACGCGGACCCCUUUAACUCGGAACCCGAAAACUUAGAGUGUUACACGGAGAAGUGCGUCAUGAACAAUUACUUCGGCAUCGGCCUGGAUGCGAAGAUCUCCCUGGACUUCAACCACAAGCGUGACGAGCACCCAGAGAAGUGCAGGAGUCGAACCAAGAACAUGAUGUGGUACGGAGUCCUCGGCACCCGGGAGCUGCUGCACAGGACCUACAAGAACCUGGAGCAGAAGGUCUUGCUGGAGUGUGACGGACGACCCAUCCCACUCCCCAGUCUCCAGGGAAUUGCUGUCCUCAACAUUCCCAGCUAUGCCGGAGGGACCAACUUCUGGGGGGGCACCAAGGAAGACGAUACCUUCGCGGCCCCGUCAUUCGAUGAUAAGAUCCUGGAGGUGGUGGCAGUGUUUGGCAGUAUGCAGAUGGCCGUCUCUCGUGUCAUUAAGCUGCAGCAUCACCGAAUCGCCCAGUGUCGCACGGUGAAGAUUUCCAUCCUGGGGGAUGAGGGCGUACCUGUGCAGGUGGACGGAGAGGCCUGGAUCCAGCCCCCGGGCUACAUUCGGAUUAUCCACAAGAACCGGGCACAGACACUCACCAGGGACCGGGCCUUCGAGAGCACCCUGAAGUCCUGGGAGGACAAGCAGAAGUGUGAGCUGCCCCGGCCUCCGUCUUUCUCUCUGCACCCGGAGACCCUGUCGGAGGAGGAGGCCACCCAGAUGGACCAGUUCGGGAGGGCGGCAGGCGCCCUCAUCCACAGUAUCCGCGAGAUAGCGCAGUCCCACCGGGACGUGGAGCAGGAGCUCGCCCACGCCGUCAACGCCAGCUCCAAGUCCAUGGACCGAGUGUACGGCAAGCCCAGAGCCGCAGAGGGGCUGAGCUGCAGCUUCGUCCUGGACAUGGUGAAUAACGUCAGGGCUCUGCGCAGCGAGACGGAGCUGCUGCUGGCGGGCAAGCUGGCGCUGCAGUUGGAUCCCCCUCAGAAGGAGCGACUCACGGCCGCCCUCGCCGAGAUGGACCAGCAGCUCCGGAAGCUGGCAGAUACCCCCUGGCUCUGCCAGCCCGUGGAGCCUGGGGAUGAAGAGAACGUGAUGCUGGAUCUGUCCAAGCGCAGCCGCAGCGGUAAAUUCCGCCUGGUGACCAAGUUUAAGAAGGAGAAGAACAACAAGAACAGAGAGGCUCGCAGCAGCCUGGGAGCCCCGGUUCACCUCUGGGGCACAGAGGAGGUUGCUGCCUGGCUGGAGCACCUCAGUCUCUGUGAGUAUAAGGACAUCUUCACGCGGCACGACAUCCGGGGCUCCGAGCUCCUGCAUCUGGAGCGGAGGGACCUCAAGGACCUCGGCGUGACCAAGGUGGGCCACAUGAAGAGGAUCCUGUGUGGCAUCAAGGAGCUGAGCCGCAGCACCCCUGCCGCCGAGGCCUAGCCUCCGCGCUCUCGGCCUGCGUCCCCCGCGCCUCCCGCGCCUCCCGCGACUGAGCCGGCGCGGCCCGGCCCUUCUCAUGGUGCUACUGCCCUGCCCGCGGCAGGAGGCCUCGGUCCCCGGGGCCGGCCGCCGCCACCGCCAACCUACGAGCCGCCGCCUCUGCUGGCCGCCCGCCGGCUCCGCGGAGGCCCCCGGGGAGCGCGGCCGCCUCACCCCGCUGCGCAGAGAACGGCGCUCGCCGCUGCCGCUGCCGCCGCCGCCGCGACCUUGGGGCCCGGAGCCCCCCGUCCCCGCUUCUCGCCGCCGCCUCCGCGCUGCGCGCGGGUGGAGCCCUCUGUGCCCGGGGCGGGGAGCCUGGCCUGUCGCCCCGUGGCCGCAGGGCUCUUGGCACGGGGCUGUGCUGCUGCGUGGCCGCGGCUUCCCGGGCGUCGCGGGGACGGGCAGCCGCUGUCUGCCUCCGGGAGUGGCUUCAUCUCGAGUCCCGGGGAAAGCCGAGCCGGGCAGGGGCUCUGGAUGACACCUCUGGUCCUCGCCGCCUUAGACUUUGUCCUUUCGUCCCCUGUCCCCUUCCACAGAUGGCACGCCUCACAGGGACUGCCACCCAGCCCGGAAAGGGCUUCUGUAACCCAGCCCCUGGGUGUGGGGGGCUCGGCCGCGGACCCGAAGGGGAGGGUGCGCAUCAGUGAGUGUCCGCAGGCCGCGCCAUCCAUGCAAGGGGACGGGGUGGCCCCUCACGGCCUCACAGCUGAGUGGCGUUUACCCGCCACUCGCUUUGCUCCCCGACAGCGACAGCGGGCCGGCCAGGCCCCUGCCAUGUGGGGGGCUUCCCGACCCCGCCUUGUGCGUGCGGAGCCUGCCCGGGGCCCUGUCCCAGGCCGGUGUGUCCCGUGCAGUGGCCGUGCUGGGGACGGGGGGGGGGGGGGAGGGCCCCUGGGAGGUGAGACCAGGCUGUUGUGUGUCACUGUCCCGCCCGCCAGAGCAGCCGUGGUGGCUGGAGGGAGACUCCGGUCUACAGAGGUCACCCGACGUCACAGUGACCUCGCUGAAAUCCCGGUACCAGAAUGGGGUCUGCUCUGUGGCUUCAGGUGGGGGCACCCAGGGGUCUGAGGUUCCCCAGGUGCGACCGGACCUUGGGGACUCCGCCGAGAGGAUGCGCGAAGGGGGCGGCGGCGGCGGCCACCAGGGCUGCCCCAGCCCUCGGCGCCCUGCUGGGGGAAGGCCUGAGGUUGAGGUGGAGCUGGGGUGGAAAAUAACCUUGUCGGCCACCAGAGCAACACUGUUCCCGUGAAACCGUUUCUGAGUCUAGUGCGUUGGAGUGAGAGGAAUGAGCACGAGCGUUGCAUGAAGCCGCGUCGUUCAGGGCGGCGCCCCCUGCGCCUUGUGGUGUCUUCGUUGCUGCACGUGGGGCUGUCCCCCCGCCCCCCAAACCCCAACCGCCCUGUGGCUGGACGGCUGUCGCUCUGGGUCCACGGUCCUGUCAGUGUAGACCGCGGCAGGAAGGAUCCCUGGAGGCUUGGCGAAAAGCUUUGUGCCCUCGGGUGGGGCUCCCCCUCGUAUUUAUGGUCUUAACUUAUACAGAGCCCCCCGGGCCGCACCGCCUCCUGUAUCGCUAUGUACAUAUCCACAUCUGGGGUUGUAAAUACCUUGUUCUGUGUAUAAAUAAAACAAGCCUGUUUUUGAUC